AUGGCCAUCGAUCCUACUUCUACGGAGGCGGCUGUUAGAGCUAUCGUUUUAUCUUUGUUCGGAGAAGAUUUUCCUAUUCGUGGAGGCCGCCUUCCCGUUCUAGAAUCCAACAGGGCGUCGAUAUAUGAUAUUUUAACAUGGGUACUUCCCUCGUUAACCCCUACAGAUGAAUUUUGGUGGCGUAAGCUAGGCGCUCCGUUUUCUUCUAUGCUUCAAACUGCGAAAUUCCCAUUUUCUUCUCAAUGCCGUUUCUUGUGUUUCGUCUAUGCCCGAAUCAUCAACAUGAUGGGUCCAGCUAACUCUUCCGGAGUGGCAUCCGUCAUGACAAUCGACGGAAGUCCAGUGGAGCUCAGCUGGGUCAUUCCGCCAACCGGGACAACGAAAGACCGCGCUAACCGUGAGGUGAGGUUUGCGAUCGAACCCAGAGACCCGCACUCCGGGAUGCCAUUGCGCGGAUCAGCGGUACUCGACUACUUGGUUUCCCCUAAUGGAAGCUUGGGUAUUGUGCUCUGCGAUGAGGAUAACAUGUCCUGGCGGCGUACAACAGAAGAUUUCCUUUUUCCAAACUACGAGAAGAAUGAGAUACCUGAGGGAAGUAGAUUUUUUGUUGGUUUCGAUUUCAAUCCAGCGGGUACACUUUCCCUGAAAGCGUACUACCUCCCUGCCCCAAGUCCAACCCCCUCGUUGAUACAAGUUGCGUCGGAAGGUACCUCCAGAUCACCUAUCAAUUUGUGGGAUGUCGACUACACCCCCCUGCGUCGUCUCGUUUCUCAGCUAGAUUCGGGACUAGUCAAGCCUUUGGAGCUACUAUUAUCUUACUUCGAAUGCCUGGACGAUGACUACAAACCGCGUAUUCAGAUACUCGCCCUGGAUUGUGUCCGGAGUUCAAAAAACAGACUGAAGCUCUACUGCCGACCCAAGGUGGGAACGUCAUGGUCGGAUGCAAAGCGGUCACUUACCCUGGGCGGAAGGCUGAACUCACCCGAAAUGCAAGUCGCCAUUUCACAUAUGGAAUGUUUGUGGAAUAAUCUAUUUCCUAACUCCGCUUCGUCGGUCGAUCGUGACCUCGAUAUUCCGUGCCUUGAUGAAGCGAUAAUCCCAGACAGCGAGGAAAACGGCAUCAAGCUUUCUCGUGCACAACAUCCGAUCGGCGGUUUACUCUAUUACUAUUCUCUUGUCGCAGGAAAGGACACCGUGUUUCCGAAGGUCUAUCUCCCUGUAAAUUACUAUUGCAAAAAUGACCUCUGUAUUACUCAGGCAGUCGAACGGUUCUAUAACCAAAAGAAUAUCGGGAUUUUGGGCCCCCGAAAUGGACACAGUGGAUUGGGUUGGGUUUCUCGGGAAGUCGAAGAAGCUUUUGUGCACCGUCCCCUUCACGAUAGGACGGGGAUCCACACAUAUGUUACUUUUGCCCUUAAGUCAGGAGGUUGGGAGUUAACGAGCUAUUUCUCCCCCGAAGUUUGGCUACAACAGGAUUAG